AUGAACAAACGUGAAUUUGGACUCGAACAAUUCAGCCAAGAACAAUUUCUCGCUGGCGGUGUAACACUUCUUUUGACUGGCUUGAUCGGAUUUAUUGGUAACAUUCUCGUACUUAUAGUCACAUACAGAAUCCUUCGGCACAAGCGAAACAUACCCAAUGUACUGAUACUAUUUUUAGCAUGGGUAGACUUACUGGUGUUUCCUCUAGCAUACCCCCAGGCGCUUGUAAAAUAUUUCUUCGGCAUCUACAUAGGAGACUACAUGGGCUGUGAUUUUCACGCUACAACCAUAACAUUUCUUUUCAUGUCAUCUAUUUUACUAGUUGUUUUAAUGAGCGCGGAUAGGCUUCUAGCUCUCUAUAAACCAUUUUACUACGACAAGCACAUGAUUUACGACAAGGAGAAAAUCAAGGUAGCUUCGAUUGGUUUCGGAUGCUCUCUGCUGGCUAUAAGCUUACUUCCAGCUUUCGGAGUAAGCCGUAACGUAUUACAUUUUCCGGGGACAUUUUGUCUGUUUGAAUGGGGCGCUGUUUCCUUUGAAGGACAAACACUGGUAUAUAUCUACAUGUCGUCGCUAGCUGCGGCGAUGCUCUUUAUAGUAUUUUGUAACUUAGCUACAGUUAUAAUGGCGCUGAAACUUUUUCAAAGAGGGCCAAGCAAUGCUGCGUCUCGGGUAGACGAGGAGUCAUCGAAUGUGACACAUAUACAACAGAACCGCAGCUCAAGAAAGAUGGAGCUUCAGUUUGCUAAGUUAAGCGGAGCUGUUGCUAUAUCAUUCGUUGGUUGCUGGGGAUUGUUUCUGGUGAGUUAAGCUUUGAUGAUGUUGUUGUUUUAUAACUCUUCCGCAAUAACGCGCCACUAAACCUCUGCGGAGGAGGGAGGUUUUUAUUACCUGCGUUGUUUCAAAUUAAAUUUAUGUAAAACAAUCAGAGUACAGUAUUUAUCAUUCAGUUACACGCUUUCCGUUUGGUCAGCUUAGUGAAUAUUGCUUCGUUGUGCAACCCUCUUAUUUUGCAUUGCGUCCUAUUCUAAUAAGACUUUCAAAUAGCGCCUUAAUCUCAAGUUAGCUGACGCAUUUCCGCCCCAGUUUCCCGAUUUUUGUUUCUCGACGUGUAACUAAAGCUGGGCGACGAAGUUGGCUGGUAAUCAAGCCAAAAAAUUGAAGGGCCAAAAUAGGUCAUUAUUUUCGUAUUAGCUUUUAUUUUGCCUCUUUUUUCAGAGUGAGACUGGAUGCUUUCAUAUGAAAAUAACUUUUCAUUCACACCAUGAGGUCAUAAUUACCGUGUGCCAAAACGAGGCAAAGUGCAAUCCUUUCUUAUAAAAAUGAAUUUACAUUAGUACUAGGAAUCGUUUUUAUAUUAAUGACUUCUCUCUUAGCCUCGCUUCUGAAACAGAGGCUUAAGGUAAAUGGCCACGUUGUCGUGUGGAUUGUUGUGCUCCAGGCCUCGUUUUAAUAAAGAGACUUUGAGCAACUUGCUUUCUUGACAGACACGUCAAUAAUCAAACCAGUUUCUAUCUUUUAGCUAAGNCCAGCUUUCGGAGUAAGCCGUAACGUAUUACAUUUUCCGGGGACAUUUUGUCUGUUUGAAUGGGGCGCUGUUUCCUUUGAAGGACAAACACUGGUAUAUAUCUACAUGUCGUCGCUAGCUGCGGCGAUGCUCUUUAUAGUAUUUUGUAACUUAGCUACAGUUAUAAUGGCGCUGAAACUUUUUCAAAGAGGGCCAAGCAAUGCUGCGUCUCGGGUAGACGAGGAGUCAUCGAAUGUGACACAUAUACAACAGAACCGCAGCUCAAGAAAGAUGGAGCUUCAGUUUGCUAAGUUAAGCGGAGCUGUUGCUAUAUCAUUCGUUGGUUGCUGGGGAUUGUUUCUGGUGAGUUAAGCUUUGAUGAUGUUGUUGUUUUAUAACUCUUCCGCAAUAACGCGCCACUAAACCUCUGCGGAGGAGGGAGGUUUUUAUUACCUGCGUUGUUUCAAAUUAAAUUUAUGUAAAACAAUCAGAGUACAGUAUUUAUCAUUCAGUUACACGCUUUCCGUUUGGUCAGCUUAGUGAAUAUUGCUUCGUUGUGCAACCCUCUUAUUUUGCAUUGCGUCCUAUUCUAAUAAGACUUUCAAAUAGCGCCUUAAUCUCAAGUUAGCUGACGCAUUUCCGCCCCAGUUUCCCGAUUUUUGUUUCUCGACGUGUAACUAAAGCUGGGCGACGAAGUUGGCUGGUAAUCAAGCCAAAAAAUUGAAGGGCCAAAAUAGGUCAUUAUUUUCGUAUUAGCUUUUAUUUUGCCUCUUUUUUCAGAGUGAGACUGGAUGCUUUCAUAUGAAAAUAACUUUUCAUUCACACCAUGAGGUCAUAAUUACCGUGUGCCAAAACGAGGCAAAGUGCAAUCCUUUCUUAUAAAAAUGAAUUUACAUUAGUACUAGGAAUCGUUUUUAUAUUAAUGACUUCUCUCUUAGCCUCGCUUCUGAAACAGAGGCUUAAGGUAAAUGGCCACGUUGUCGUGUGGAUUGUUGUGCUCCAGGCCUCGUUUUAAUAAAGAGACUUUGAGCAACUUGCUUUCUUGACAGACACGUCAAUAAUCAAACCAGUUUCUAUCUUUUAGCUAAGAGUGACGCUUAUUCAAAUUGGCUACCCGUUCGAUGAAUUCUUCGACUUUACUGCAGUUCGCCUGGCGUCACUUCACACAGUUUUCAACCCAUGGCUCUAUCCAUUGACUCGAAGAAAAUACCGCGAUGCAUUUUGCUACCUGAUCACGUUGUUUGCGUAUUAUGUCACGUGUACACUUGUUAGUAGGCCCAACGCGACUUUAGGUAAGUACCAUGCAAAGUCAGUGGUCAAUAUAUUAUAUCGUUGUUUGUAUAGGUAAUAGCAUGAUUUGUAGUGAUAUUUGGCAUAAAUACCACGAGUGAUAUUUCGAAAUUGUUAUACGUAAUUUCACUAGCCGUUAGGCGAGUGAAAUUUGAGACAAUUUUGAAAUAUCACUCGUGGUAUUUAUGCCAAAUAUCACUACAAAUCAUGGUAUUAUUUGUUUAUACUACUACCCGCAAAAGGUUUGUAAUUUUUACAUGUAGGUAUUUCAAAUUAAGCUGAAAUACUACUGCUCUAAGCCAAUCAAAUUGCAGUAAUUUUCCAUGUAGUAGUAUAAGCUGGAAAUUUGUUCCCAACAGCGCUCUCUCUCAUUAGUUACUUCGAGGUCUCAUGGCAUCCAACAAUGAAACUGUUUCCUGCCAAAAUCUCUGAGCGUGCAACACAAACCUGUGACGUCAGAGGGUAACAGUACACCGUGUUACGUACCGCCUUUACUGCGAGCUAUAAUGAAUUUACAGCUCCUGCUGGCCUAUAGUCUUUAGCCUUUGCUAAUGCAUCUCAUAAAACUACAUUUAAAAGAACUCGACCUCUUUUUUUCUGCAGAUGAAAUAGUUGGAGUGCAAUCCGAAGCCACCCAGGUUAGAGAACUUUGCCGGGAGGAGAGAAGACGCUCUAGUGCUCAGCGGCUUGCCAAAUAA